UCGUCGCGCCACAUAACCUCACCAACGCUCUCUGUCCGAUCAAUCUUUCAGACCUUUACUUGACUCCAAUAGACCAUAUCACUAUAGUCUGAUAAACUCACCAGCAAAAGCAUUACACUACCGCUGGUUCCGAUUGAUCUAUUAAUGGAAGGUCCCGCCAUGGCCGCAGAGAAAGCGACGAACGAGUCGGACAUCGAGGGCCAGGACGACCUCGACGAAGAGCCUGGGGAGGUGAUUGAAUCGGCGCCACCUCUCAAGGUCGGCGAAGAGCGCGAGCUCGGUAGCUUCGGCCUCAAGAAGAAGCUCCUCAAGGGCGGCCAUGGAUGGGAGACCCCUGAGCUCGGUGACGAAGUCACUGUUCAUUAUGUUGGUACUUUGCUUGACGGAACAAAGUUCGAUUCAACCAGAGAUCGAGGCGAACCUUUGACUAUAAAGCUUGGUAACGGUCAAGUGGUUACUGGAUUGGACCAAGGGAUAAUUACAAUGAGGAAGGGGGAGAUCUCGAUGUUCACAUUGCCUCCCGAAUUAGGCUAUGGAGCUUCGGGCCUCAACGGCGCGGUUCCGCCCAAUUCAGUUGUUCAGUUUGAAGUCCAGCUCGUCUCAUGGAUCACAGUGGUGGAUGUUUGCAAAGACGGUGGAAUUAUCAAGAAAAUAAUGCACAAGGGAGACAGGAAUGAGGUCCCUGGUGAUUUGGACGAAGUUCAUGUGAAGUAUCGAGUGGUGCUGGAUGAUGGUACUGUUGUUGCCGAGACACCAGAAGAAGGAUUCGAAUUUUAUGUGAAGGAUGGUCAUCUUUGUCCAGCAUUGCAGAAGGCAGUAAAGACCAUGAAAAGGGGAGAGGAGGCCCAAUUAGUUGUCCAACCUCAGUAUGCCUUUGGAGGGGAGGGGAGCAAUGGGGUUCAUUCAAUUCCCCCAAGUUCUUUGCUGAACAUUGAUGUGGAGUUGGUUUCCUUCAAGCCUGUUAUUGACAUUACUGGUGAUUCCAAAGUAUUUAAGAAGAUCUUAAAAGAAGGUGAAGGUGCUGUUGUUGCUAAUGAAGGUGCAGCUGUUACUAUUAGCUAUGUGGCUAGGCUGGAAGAUGGCACUGUAUUUGAGAAAAGAGGAAUUGAUGGAGAGCAACCUUUGGAGUUUAUAACUGAUGAAGAACAAGUAAUUGCUGGUCUAGACCGAGCAGUGGCAACAAUGAAGAAGGGAGAGCGGGCAAUAUUGACUAUAAAUCCUGAUUUUGGAUUUGGAAGCAGUGAAGUAAGGCGGGAUCUUGCUGUAAUUCCGCCAUCUUCAAAUGUAGUCUAUGAAGUUGAAGUGUUAGAUUUUUCUAAGGAAAAGGCACCUUCGGAAAUGAGUAACAGUGAGAAGAUUGAGGCAGCUAGAAGGAAGAAAGAAGAAGGCAAUCUACUAUUUAAAACUGGAAAGUAUCAACAAGCAGGGAAAAAAUACGACAAGGCUGCAGACUACAUUAGUGAAGAUGAAUCAUUUGGGGAUGAUGAGGAAAAGCUUGCUAAACAAUUAAGAGUUUCUUGCUGGUUGAACCGUGCAGCAUGCAGCCUCAAACUAAAUGACUUUCAGGGAGCAAUCAAGUUAUGUUCACAGGUGCUAGACAUUGAGUUCUACAAUGUAAAAGCUUUGUACAGGCGAGCACAAGCUUAUAUGGAAACUGCAGAUUUUUUCUCCGCAGAAUUAGACAUCAAGAAAGCUCUUGAGACUGAUCCACAGAACAGGGAGGUGAAGUUGAUUCAGAAGAAUUUGAAACAUCUUCAAGCUGAAAGCAACAAAAGAGACUCAAAGCUCUACAUAAACAUGUUUGCACGUAUGACAAGGGACACUCCUGUGGCAACAAAGAAAUUGAAGGUUGAAAAAGUGGAGGAUGAUGAAAAUGUGGCAAUGGAAAUGGAAAGAGUUGGUGAUAGUUCAGCCGCUCCUGAUGGUGGAACCGUUAGUUGACUCUUGUUGAAAGACACGUUCAUCGGUUCAUGAAACAUGUACAAUAAUGAUACUCUUUAGAGCCAAGGAACGAAAAUAUAUGACUAAGAGAGUCAUUAUAGAGGAAAAGGAAACAAUCAUGAUAGUCAUUAUCUAUCUCAAGGUAUGAAAAUAGGUCGUCAUCUCUUAUAUUUUGUAUUUCUUAUGUAGUUGUGGAUUUCAAUGAAGGACUGGCCUUGCUCACCUCAAAAAUGGGCACUGGCCGCCCGGCCAUGUAAGCCUAGAAGUUUGGGUAAAAUAGGUGUCCUACCGGCAUUUUUGUCGAUGACCAUCAUAUACCAUGAAUUUGCCCGUUAAUUGGAACUACAGUGUGUGUAAUGAACAAGGGUAAUGGCUGUCGCUGGCCAUAAGAGUGUAAUAUAACUGUAGAGGCACUAAUCCAUAAACUUAAAUGGAGUUUUUAAUGGAGCAUUGAAAUGUGGCCAUGUUGAUGAA